AUGGGCAAGGGGGAAUGCCCGGAGGAUGCAGGCUUCGAAGACGAAGUUACGCUUCUGAGCAAGUUCAGGCACCCGCAUCUGGUGACACUCCUCGGGCCCCUGCCUCAGCAGUUGCAACCACCAGCCGCGUUUUCCGCUUUGUAUCGCCAGGCUGGUAGCUUUGACGCCAGGGACGUCGGAAUCAACAGCUUCUUGGGCAAGCACCCAGGAUUUGCUGGAGAGUUUCAGAAGCAGUCUUAUGAUUUCUUGGUGCGUGAGCUUGACGCGCGGAACGUACCAGCGAAGUUGGCUACACACUGUACUCCGGCUGAUUUGCUCAUGUUGUCGCAGAAGUGUGACCCCUCGGCACAUAUUUGGUUUACCCUUGCCAAGCAGAGGUUAACAACCCCAGAGGCAAUCACCAAGCUGGCCCGCGCCUUUCAAGUGCCUUCCAAAACCUUCAGCUUUUGCGGCAUGAAGGACCGCUGGGGUAUUACGACGCAACGGAUCAGCUUCCCCAGCAGCGCUCUAGUCCACGAGCCGCAGGUGAGCGUUUUCGACAGCAUGGCUCUCGGCAAUGCCUCCCCCGAAGCACACAAAGCAAGGCUGGGUGGACAUGGUGGCAAUGAGUUUACUGUCGUGCUGCGUCGUGUCACAACCGAUGCGUCGUCUGACAUCCUGGACAUGUGCAUUGAUGCGCUCAAGACUGGCUUCCCGAACUAUUUUGGCCUGCAGCGCUUUGGUACUGGCGUCGUGCCCUCAUCCGAGAUGGGUGUAGCGCUCCUGCAGAAGAACUUCAAAAAGGUGGUGGAGCUGCUUCUGGGCUCGCGCGCGCGUCGAGGGACGACAUUCCAAGCGUUUUGUGAGGUCCUCCAGUACCUGUCCGAACACCCUGGCGAUUACAAGGGCGCCAUCAAGUGCGUACCACGUCACUUGCGUCUCCUGUGGUGUCGCUCCGUGGCAUCUCAGGUCUGGAACAAGGUAGUGUCGCUUCGGCUACAGCAAGACAUGAGAGUUCUGGCAGGGGAUUGGGUGGCUGCCAACAGUGAUGACUGUGCAGCUUCCGUGUGGCCAGCGGAGGUGAGACCCCUGAAACAAGGCGAGGAAUCCUGUACACCUUUGUCGAAGGUGCUUGUGCCGGUGCUUGGGUUUGCAGCCAAACUGCCGGAUAACGAAUCGAAACAUUUGCACAGCCAUGUGCUACGAGAGAUGGGCCUUGACCUCCGUGUCUUCGCCGAGCCAGAGUGCAAGGAUGGUAUUUCAAUGCCUGGUGGCUAUCGCCCGCUCAUUUGCCGACCAUCCCAACUGACAGUGAGAAUGCUCGCGUAUCCUGGAAAUGAGAGAUCCGAGGCUAAGGCCCGUCUCGUUUCAACCGACCUAGACCAGAUGCUUGAAGAUGAACCGAUGGCCUCCAGCAUACGACCCUUGUCCUCGGCAAAGCUCCGGGAGCCGACGGAGCACUUGGCUUUGGUGCUCGAGUUUCGCCUGCCUCGGGCAAGCUAUGCUACCAUGGCAAUCCGAGAGCUGAUGAAAGGAUGCACCUGUGGGUCUCUCGCCAACAUCCUGUUGGACAGGCACGGCACGGCCAAGAUGGCAGACUUUGGCCAGGCCCUUGGCCAAUGA